AUGACGAUCACGGUGCUAAUGGUGGCUGAGAAGCCUAUGUUGGCUGAAUCCAUUGCCAAAUUACUAUCUGAUAAUAAAUUCGAAAAGAGAAAAGGGUUCAAUGGGGCUUGUUCUGUUAGUGAGUACUACGGGAAUUUCAUGGGAAAGUCCGUGAAGUUUAAGGUUACAAGUACCUGUGGGCAUAUCAUGACGCUUGAUUUUCCUAUGAAAUACAAUAACUGGGAGAAGACCGAUCCUGUGGAAUUGUAUUCUGCACCGACCGUGAAGCUUGAAGCCAAUCCGAAGUUGAAAAUGAAUGACUACUUAGCCAGCGAAGCCAAAGGGGCAGAAUACUUAGUGCUAUGGCUCGAUUGUGAUAAAGAAGGAGAAAAUAUUUGUUUUGAAGUUAUAGAUGCAGUUCAACAUUCCAUGAAGAAGCCUGCUAGUGGUAACUUUAUGGAUAACGUCUACAGGGCGCACUUUUCUGCCAUCACGGAAAAAGAUAUCAAAGCUGCUAUGAGAAACUUGGGUCGUCCAAACAGAAAUGAAGCUCUCUCAGUUGAUGCUAGACAAGAAUUGGAUCUCAGGGUUGGAUGCUCUUUCACUAGAUUCCAAACCAAAUAUUUUCAAGGAAAGUAUGGAGACCUGGACAGUACUGUUAUAUCGUACGGACCCUGUCAAACCCCUACCCUCGGGUUUUGCGUGACUCGUCAUGAUCAGAUCACACAAUUCAAGCCUGAGCCGUACUGGGUAUUACAAACAACAUUUUUAACAUCAACACAACAGUCUAUAAGACCUGAAUGGCAACGAGGACGUAUUUUCGAUCGAGAAGUAGCCCAGCUAUUCGUUGAGCGGAUUAAGAAAGCAGGAACUGCAGAAGUCAAAGACAUAGUAAAGAAAGAGUCUCGGAGAGAUAAGCCAUCGGCUUUGAACACUGUUGAACUAAUGAGAAUAGCUAGUAGUUCUCUAGGUCUUUCACCAGCAACGACCAUGUCUGUCGCUGAACAUUUGUAUACUCAAGGAUUCAUAUCGUAUCCUAGAACUGAGACCACAUCUUAUCCUAAAAACUUUGAUCUCCACGGAACUUUAGAACAACAAACGGAUGAUAGGAUUUGGGGAGAUGUAGCUAGAAAAGUGCUCAAUGAAGGGAUUAAGAAACCAAAGGGUGGUGUAGACAAAGGCGACCAUCCUCCCAUCACACCUAUGAAGAGGAACAAUGGUCAACUUAGCGGAGAUAUGUCCCGGAUUUACGAGUAUGUGGUCCGUCAUUUCAUAGCAACUCUGAUGGGUCCUUGCAUUUCUGAAGUUACAACUAUCCAUAUCACAUGUAAUGAGGAACAACUAAGCAUGAAAGGGUCUCGAGUAAUUGACCCGGGUUUCUUGGAAGUUUUGAAGUCUGUUGAGGCUGAAGAUGAGAGCUCCGUCCCAACGUUGAAAAGAGGAGAAUCUUUGACAUUAUCAGAUGUUAACUUAGCGGCUAAGGAAACUUCACCUCCUGGAUAUCUGACGGAAUCGGAAUUAAUUUCGUUGAUGGAGAAACAUGGAAUAGGUACUGAUGCUUCUAUACCUGUGCAUAUUAACACGGUUUGUCAAAGAAACUACGUAACUGUCGAGUCUGGCAGACGGUUGAUUCCCACCAAAUUAGGAAUAUCUUUAGUGCAUGGAUAUUGGAGAGUUGAUAGAGAAUUAGUCUUGCCAACCAUGAGAGCUGAAGUAGAAACUCAGCUCUGUCUGAUCGCUCAGGGGGAAGCUGACUUCUUCGCUGUCAAACAUCAUGCUUUGGAAAUGUUUAGGACCAAAUUCAUUUAUUAUGUCAAAAGUAUCUCUUCUGUGGAUUCUCUAUUCGAAGCUUCGUUCACUAGUCUACCUGAUUCUGGAAAACCAUUCAGUAAAUGUGGAAAAUGUAGAAGGUUCAUGAAACUAGUGCAGACGAAGCCGCAGCGUUUGUAUUGUGUUACUUGCCAGGAAACUUAUUCUGUACCUAAUGGAAGAGACGUUAUGCUCAGACCUUUCGGAGAGAAGAAGUGUCCCAUUGAUGAUUUCGAACUUCUUUACGCAGCGGGACCAGGAGGCAAGCUCGCCCGGAAUUACGUUUUCUGUCCAUACUGUUUCAACAAUCCUCCAUUCGAGAGCAUGAAGGAGGGUAGUGGCUGUGAUCUUUGCGAACACCCUAGCUGUCCUCAAUCGUUCAUCGCUACUGGUCUAUGUGGAUGUAUCCGUGAUUGUGGAGGCGUUCUGGUUCUUGAUCCGAACUCCAAACCAAAGUGGAGAUUCUGUUGCAACAAAUGUGCAUCGGUCGUAGCAGUAUUUGAUGGAGCCAGCAAGCUCAAAGUUACAGAUAACUCGUGUGAAGAAUGUAAUAGUCAACUACUAAAUAUAGAAUAUAAGGACUCACCUAAAAUUGAACUGCCUGACCAAAAGUUAUCAUGGAAAGGAUGUGUGUUUUGUGACGAAGGAGUGAAAGAACAUCUGAACCUUCACCACGCUUAUAUGACAGAUGCCGAUCGUUCGAAGCUAACUUUGACCAGAGGAAGAGGUCGUGGUGGAAGAGGUGGUAGAGGAAGGGGAAGAGGUGGUAAGAGAGGAGGAUCAAGGGUUCCGGGAAACUGUACGAGAUGA